AUGAAGUUCCUUGCAAUUGCUGCGCUCUUCGCCGGCGCCGUUAGUGGUCUCGCCUCCAGUCACCUUAUCCCCGGUGCGCAGAUCAUUCCAGCAAAGGAUACAGCUGCGCUGCGAAAGGUUGGCGCUCACGGACGGAAGUACCCCGAUCGACGAACCGUGACGAUCCGCCCUUCGAAGAAUAACACCGAUGAUGUCUCAGAUGAUUUCCUUUGGGGAAUUAAGCAAGCGAAUCACGGUGGACGACUGUUGUUAAAGAAGGGGAAGACCUACAUCAUUGGCAAGAAGUUGAAUCUGAGCUUCUUGGAUAAUAUCGAGGUGCAGCUUGAGGGGGAGAUUAAGUUCACGGAUGACAUCGAGUAUUGGCAAGCCAACAACUUCUACUACGAUUUCCAAAAGUCAAUUACCUUCUGGGUCUGGGGUGGUCAGGAUAUCAAGAUUUUUGGGUCCGGAACGCUGAAUGGGAAUGGGCAGGAGUGGUAUAAUGCGUUUGCUGGGCGUGAGAUCUUGGAUUCGAGCAACACCUUCUACCGACCUAUUCUCUUCCUGACAGACAACGCCACUCGCGUCAGCGUCGAGGGUAUCACGCAGCUCAAUUCGCCCUGCUGGACGAACUUCUUCGUUCGUACGAAUGACGUUUCUUUCGACCACGUCUUUAUCAAUGCCUACUCGACCAAUGCUUCAGCCCUCCCCAAAAACACUGACGGCUUCGACUCCCUAAACGUCAACGGCCUCAGGGUAACAAACACUCGAAUCGACAUCGGUGACGACUGCUUCUCGCCGAAACCGAAUACCUCCAACAUUUUCGUGCAGAACCUCUGGUGCAACAACACCCACGGUGUCAGCAUGGGUAGUAUCGGGCAGUACUCGGGCGUGCAGGAUAUCAUCGAGCAUGCGUAUAUUGAGAAUGUGACACUGUUGAACGGACAGAACGGCGCCCGCCUCAAAGCCUGGGCUGGCCAAGACGUCGGCUAUGGCCGCAUCAACAACAUAACCUACCGCAACAUCCACAUCGAGAACACGGAUAACCCCGUCGUGCUGGAUCAGUGCUACUUCAAUGUUAACGCGACCGAGUGUGCGGCGUAUCCUUCCUCCGUCAACAUCACCAAUAUCGUCUUUGAUAAUAUCUACGGCACUUCGUCUGGUAAGGAGGGCAAGGUUGUUGUUGAUUUGACUUGUUCGCCGAAUGCGGUUUGCUCAGACAUUCAUCUUUCGAAUAUUGAUAUUACGAGUCCAGCGGGCAGUCCGCCGGAGAUUGUUUGUGAUGGGAUUGAUGGGGAUAUUGGAGUUGAAUGUGUUAGUUCAGCUGAUGCUGAGUGA